GGGCGGCGGGGCAGCGUGCGGGGCCGGGGCGGGCCGCGGGCGGGGCCAGGAGCCUGGAGAUGGGCGGUAAAUGGUGGUAGAGGGCGGGCAGGUGGUGGCCAGGAACAGCUGAUGGUGGAGACCGGCGCCCGCCAUGCCCAGGCCCGCCACCACCAGCCUGCCCGCGCCACCCUCCUGCCCCACACCCGCCACACCCGCCACACACCUCCACACACCUCCUUCCUGCAUGGUGUGGGGUGGUGAGGGUGGUAUUAGCCUGGAGGUGGGUGGUGGUGAGGGCGUGGGUACCCCCGUGCCCCGUGCCCUCGCCACCCGCCCUUCACGGCCCUCAACAACUCGACGUUAAAUUAUUGGUUGUCUUAAGACGGCUGGGCCAGGCCCCUGGUUCUUAAGGUUAUGUGUGUAGAAGCGGAAACACUGUACCAGCACAACAAUGGCUGGGCCAGUUACCGAAUUUGUAGUAGGGUGGAAUGUGGUCCAGACCCUGGGGGAAGGAGCAUUCGGAGAGGUCAAGCUGCUUAUCAACCAAGACACGAACGAGGCAGUUGCCAUGAAGAUGGUGGAUCUUAUUAAGCACAAAGAUGCGGCCAUUGCUGUACGAAAGGAGAUGUGUUUACAUCGAAUGCUGAAGAAUCCUCACAUCGUAAAGUUUUAUGGAAGUCGUUGUGAGAACUCUAUGCAAUACAUGUUUCUGGAAUAUGCAGCUGGAGGAGAACUCUUUGACCGAAUAGAGCCAGAUAUUGGCAUGCCGCCGCCUCAUGCUCAGAAAUACUUCAGGGAACUUAUUAGUGGAGUGGAAUACUUGCACAGCAGAGGUGUUGCACACCGGGAUAUAAAGCCCGAAAACUUGUUGCUGGAUGAAAGUGAUCGUCUGAAAAUUACGGACUUUGGUAUGGCAACCUUGUUCAGACAUCAAGGAAAGGAAAGAGACUUGGAUAGACAAUGUGGCACCAAACCAUACAUGGCCCCCGAGGUGCUACUGCGCCCAUACAGUGCCGAACCUGCGGACAUCUGGUCAUGUGGAGUUGUUCUUGUGGCUCUGCUUGCUGGUGAAUUGCCUUGGGAUGAGCCGACUUUCUCUUGUCCAGAGUACACUUCUUGGAAAGACAAAGAGUGCCGUUUAUUCACCACUACUCCUUGGACGAAGAUAGAUAACUUGGCUCUUUCCUUGUUAAGAAAGGUGCUGAACACUGUGCCAAGACACAGAGCAACAAUAAGUCAGAUAAAGAGUCAUCAAUGGUUUACCAAAAAUUUCCAGAGGACUGCAGGAAUUUUGCAAAAUGUGUCCGAGACGACGACUCCAACUAAUAAGAGAGUUUGCAGUGAAUUGGAGCGCGCCAAUACAGUUUUGUCCCCUGAAGAUUUCUCCACCCGUUUGGCUUGCUCUCAACCAGAGGUGCCAACCCCUGCUGGUAUAGAUGCAAUUAUUAGUGGUGCAAAUGUAAAUUUGGGAAUGUUGAGCUUCUCUCAGCCUGUUAAACCUGACCAACUUCUGCUGUCUUCACAAUUAACGCAAGGAACACAAGCAAGUCAGACACCCCUGCAGCGCUUGGUUAAACGGAUGACAAGAAUAUUGGUGAGGACCACACUUGAAGACACACUGACCCAUCUGGAAACACUGUUUAACAAAUUGAAUUACACUCAUCGCUACCAUACGGCUCAUGUUCUGACUGUGACAACAUUGGAUCGUCGAGGAGCCCAGCUGGUCCUGAAGGCUAGCGUACUGGAUAUGGGUCAGCACAUCCUUGUAGACUUCCGCCUCUCUAAGGGUUGUGGGUUGGAUUUCAAGCGUCAAUUUCUGCGCAUCAAAGAAGGAUUAUCGCACAUUAUUGUCAAAGGGCCAGUCACUUUGAACAUUACACCAGCUACCAACAUGAUUCCUGCUUGAUGUCCAAAAUAUUUGUUUGAUACUGAGACCCAGGGCAGUAUUUUUGACUAGUCCUUUUAGUUGAAUCUUAACUAUUGAAAUUGAAGGUAGACAUUCUGCUAUUCAAUGGUUUUCAAAAAAUUUACAUUCCAUGAUUGCCUUUAUUCUGUUGAAUUAAAAUUUUCUAGGUAAUAGCUCCAAUAAUUGCAUAAUAGUAGUUUAACUACUUCAUUUUAUAAGGUAGUAAAAAGUGUUUUAUGGUUAAGACUGGAUUAAAUGUAACGGUUGAAUUGGAUUCUCAUGAAACUCAUUUUUAGCAUAAGUGUGCUAAUUAUUAGCUGUCAAUUUCUACUUGAAUUGGCAAUUUAGAUGAAUCUUCUAUAAAGUUUAAAUAUAUUUGUAUAAAGGAAUUUUUUUAAGAUUAAGUGUUGCAUAGCAAAAUUUAACCAGGCUCCUGUGGGUACUACAUUAAUGGAAGUGUUCAAAUAUGGGGAGCCAGGGUAUGUGUGAGUACCCAUCACCUUGUGCUGCAGUUGUAAGAGAAGCCUUGCAAUGUCCAGGCAACUCUUUACUCUUGCAGGCAGAAUUCUAGUCUUUCACUGAUGGGUGCUUACCAUAUUAAAUGUUUCAUUUAGUUUUUCAUUUUCAUUAAUGUGAAAUAAAUGGUUAAUUUAUGGCGUAGUGUAAAGAAAUAAAACUUUAUUUUAUCAA